GUUUAGUGGGGGGUGUGUUUGCUUGGGGGAAGGUUGCUUGUUCUGUAGCCUAUGUGGGGAAAGUAUUUAUAAGAAAACCUUUCUAAAAAAAAAAAAAGUUACUUAUUUGGACAAAAAUAGCUGUAUCAAGGUAAGCCAGUCUAUUUGAUGCAAUCCUUGUUGUACUCUGAUGCUGUAAGCAAACAUUUUGCGACAUUAUUAGGACUAACCAAAAAUGUUAUACAGAAGUUUUCGAAACAUCUAGCUACAGUAACUAACGUUAGAUGCAAGUUGGCCUACUUUGAACAUGUAUAAGCUUUGUGUUGAUGACAAGUUGGCGAAUGUUUGCUACAUAUCAAAUUGUAGGCUAUCUAUGCAAAGUUAGCUUGUGAAUUGUUGUUAAGUUUUUAUAGAAAUGUACCAUUUUUUAUUUAUUUUUACAGCACUUUAAAAAGGAACAAAAGGAGUGUCGCUAUGGUUGCUACAAGCACACUGAAUAGUAAAAACGCGGAAUGCAUAUCAGAAUUGAUUGACCGUAGAUACGACCAGGCUUGUCUCGAAAAUGGUAAGUUUUUUUUGAGUAAUUUUUUAUUCUCCUACAAUAUAUACUUGCAUGUGGGCAUGUAUUGCAACUGGGUAUUUCUAAAUUCUCCCAGGCUUCAUUCAUUUAGCGGUUGUUUACUCCAAUAUUGGUGCAUAGUUGCAGCGCAUGGAAGAAAGGGAGGGUGGGUGGAAGGGAAUGGUGAAGGAAUCUUUUCUCAUCUGCUCUAUGCUAGCCUACAGGACUCUGUUUAUUCGUCAAAUAAAGUUGUUGGCAUGGAUCAAUGUUAGAUUUGAAUGCAUCUAUGUGCACAUGUUGUACUGUAGUUAAAAUUCUAACUUCUAUGAAACAUUGAAAUCAACAUGUGUCACAUACCUCAACUGACAAUUAUAAAGAUUGAGUGAAGACAAGGUGUUAUGUUGACUAGUCAUGUACCAUGACUCUGGCUCAAGUCUAAUUUCCUUCUCACUGACCUGAAAGGACUGGAUAGGUGAAAGCCAAUAAGCAUUAUGGUGGUUAGGCUAUCCAGUCCUUUCAGAUUCAGGCAGUGAAGAGGACAUGACACUUUAGGAGGCCUUUUUGCUAGACUGUCAGUGACUGACAGAUUGCUAUAACAUGUGGGUAGCUGAUAGGUCAAAUACCUGUCCAGGCAUCGUAAGAUCUGGCAAUGUCUAAGCAGUGGAACAUGACCUUUGUUGCAUUUUUUUUGUAGAUCUUUUCAUACUGAACGCAGCCCUAGUGACUUUACUCCAAAAUGUAUGGAAAUCAAAUGGUGACACAAUUAAAAUGUAAUUUCCCCCUCAAAAUUAGCCUAACAAAUUGGGCCAUAUUAUCAGGCUGGUGUUUAUUUAGCAAUAAGAAUGAUCACCUGUAGCCCAACUGAUGCAGCAUAGUGGUUAUAAAUAAAUGGGCAGACUCAUGGGAUUGCCAAUCUGUAUUUGUCCUAAUCAUUAGUUAACAGUGCUUCCCAAACUUUCAGUCAUGGCCCCCUUUCAUCAUGGGGGAACAUCCUAUGCCCCCUCACCUCCCCAAUUGAACAACUGCUACUGUUACACAAAAAUAUGGUAUAAGAAUACCACUUACUCAUCAAGAAACAGUAUACAAACACCAGUACCUGGUUUCACUUCAAUAUUGAAAUCAAGAGACUGUAUAAAGGAGACAUAAACCAGCUUACUGCUGUGAAAUGUCACGGUGGGAAUUUCCAGUCAUCAUAUUCCUCAUGGUAUAUUAUUGAGUGGAUCAAAUUGGGCUGUCUCUAAUACUGGAGGGGCGGGGUCAUGACCCCAAGUCUGCCCCGCAAGUUACGACUGACUGCAUCAAAUGUUAUUGUAUUUGACUGAGUCCCAUAGUCUGUGCUUUUGCUUAGUCUUUAAAACAUCACUCAACUAUUGUCUUUUUUUGUCUUCCAUCAGAGCUGGAUUUCUGGGACCACUGUCUGGCUGAGCCCCACCUGAACGUGGAGGUGUCUGAGGACGGGACGUGUCAGCAGUUGGCCAAGAUGUUCGAGAACUGUCUGUCGCGGUCCAAGAAGACCACUCUGCACUGCUCUAAGGUGCUGGUCCCUGAGAAGCUGACUAUGAGGAUGGCUCGCGAUGUCCUGCGCCUGUCGUCGGGCGAGCCGUGCGGCCUACGUGGCUGUGUACUCUACAUUCACCUGGAGCAGGAAACGUGCUGCAAGCAGCUGGAGCGCAUCGUGUACAAUGCAGACGUGGUGCCCAUCUUCGAGCUGACGCUGGUGUUCAAGCAGGACUGCAGCGCCUGGCCCAGUCUCAGGGACUUCCUGCACAUUGGUGCCUGUUUCACUCCAGGCUUCAGGCACGCGCUCAAACUCAGCCCGGGCUUCCGGCUCAUCAAGAAGAAGCUCUACUCCUCCUCGGCUGGUACCGUGGUAGAGGAGUACUGAGAAGGGGGAAUUGAGGAUGGUGGGACCCCAGGGUUGGGUCAGGGAUGUCCUGGGGAGGGGUACAAUGCACUUCUACACUUGAGUAUCUGAAUGUAAAGAUCACUUCUGGAGGGUCUUAUUUCUACAUGGUUUUUGUAUGAAUACAGUUUGUCAUGUGAACGAGUAGUGUCAUACAAAGGUUAUUGGUGUCCAGCCUGUCUGCUCCAAUGUCCAGGAUGGUACAACUGAUUAUUCAAAAUGGACGGACAAGGCUUGGUUACUGUAAUGGAUUAUUGUCUAAUGCCUAAAGAAGAUGAGCAUAACUUUCAUUGACUUCACAAUAUUUGAAAACUUUUCCAAUCAGCUAAAGUUACAUUUGUUAAAUGAUUAUUUUAAUGUUCUGGAUAUAGUCUGUUAAUAAUUUUUCUAUUCAUUAUUCUAAAUUACACAAUUAGGCAAUUCAUGUUAUGAAAUGUUGUGUU